AUGCUGCCGCAUCAGUCCGGAAGUGUAACGUUUAUUGACAUUAUGGCCACUGGUUGUAGAAAGGCUAGAUUUGGGAUUUGACAGCUUCACCGUGGUUGCAGCCAAAUCGAACACCGUCGUUCAUAAUCGAUGCUUAUGAAUGAAGGGACUCGCAAAUUCACGGGAUGUUGUCUUUGAGCUGAGGAUACAUUUAGAGCGUGAAAAUCGUCAUGUCUUUUUUCAGGAGGAAAGCAAAAGGCAAGGAACUCGAGAAACCAGCUGAUGCUAAAGUCAAUAGAGCACCAGCCAGUCCCCACCCCCCGUCUCCUGGCCCCAGGAACCACCAUGCCAUCCAGGAAGCGGCUGGGCCCAGCCACGUGGCCAUCAACGCCAUCUCCGCCAACAUGGACUCUUUUGCCCGCGGGCGCACAGCCAUCCUCAAGAAGCAGCCAAGCCAUAUGGAGGCUGAACACUUCGGAGAUCUCGGGCGCUCCAGUGUGAAUUACCUGGCUCAGGAGACGCGCUCUCGCCUGUCCAAGACGGUGGACCAGAUCGUGCGGGACAACGUGGCCGUGCCCUACUACACCCUGUUCCUGGAGACGCGAGGCGCCGACCACCUGGUGCGCUUCUGGCUGGAGGCCGAGAGCUUCCGCUCCACCAGCUGGUCCCGGGUUCGAGCCCACAGCCUCAACUCGGUCAAACUCAGCUCCCUGGCCGAGCCCGCCGCCAUCCCCGCCUCCCCCACCUCGCCGGACCCCGCAGAGACAUCCUUUGCAGCCCGGCUGCCCUCCUCCCAGCCCCUCACUCCCAGCCCCCAGGACAGUGCCAGCGAGAGCCCCGUGGGGCAGCUCGUCCACAGGGACUCCUUCGGCUCCGAGGCAGGCCAGCGGCCCGGCACCCCCAGAGCAGACACGCCCAGCAGGCAGCCCUCCUCCAGGCCCGGGACGCCGUUCAAGACCCAGUCCACCAACGCCCUCCGAGACCUCUCAGAGAAGCUCAUGAAGAGUAUAGAGAAAGAUGCCGUGAAUAUCUUCACCAAGUACAUCUCUCCAGACGCUGUUAGGCCAAUCCCUAUUACUGAACAGAUCAGAAAUGACAUUGUUGCUAAAAUCUGCGGUGAGGAUGGGCUUGUGGACCCGAACUGCUUUGUAAUUGCCCAGUCUGUAGUCUUCACAAUCCUGGAGCAACAGCACUUUACUGAAUUCUUGAGGAACCAUCAUUUCUGCAAAUACCAGAUUGAAGUGUUGACAAGUGGCUCUGUAUUCUUGGCAGACAUCUUGUUUUGCGAAUCAGCCCUUUUUUAUUUCUCUGAGUACAUGGAGAAGGAGGAGGCAGUGAAUGUGCUCCAGUUUUGGCUGGCAGCAGACAACUUCCAGGACCAGCUAGCUGCUAAGAAGGGCCAGUACGACGGCCAGGAGGCCCAGAAUGACGCCAUGAUCCUCUACGACAAAUAUUUCUCACUCCAAGCCACCAACCCUCUGGGCUUCGACGACACAGUGCGUAUGGAGAUCGAGUCGAACAUCUGUCGCGAGGGAGGGCCCCUCCCAGACUGCUUCACCACUCCUCUCAGACAGGCCUGGACCACCAUGGAGAAGGUCUACAUGCCAGGUUUCCUGUCUAGUAACCUUUACUACAAGUACCUGAAUGACCUCAUCAACUGUGUUCGGGCGGAUGAGUUUGUGAACGCAAGCGCGCCGGGUCAAGGUGCCUCGACCGAAGGCGACCGCAGCACAAACACCGCAGACGGGUCUCAAGCUCAGCAAGGUACCAAAAAGGCAGCAGUGAAAAUCCUGAAGAACUUUGACGAGGCGAUAACGGUGGACAUCGCCAGCCUCGACCCGGAAUCCCUGUACCAGCGCCCGUACGCUGGGAAAAUGACGUUUGGGAAGGUGAAUGAGCUGGGACAGUUCAUCGGAGAGGCUGAACCCGAGCCGGAUGUGAAGAAAUCCAAAGGUUCCAUGUUCUCCUUAGCCAUGAAGAAAUGGGUUCAAGGCAAUUCAGACGAGGCACAGGAAGAGAUGGCCUGGAAGAUAGCAAAGAUGAUUGUCAAUGAUGUCAUACACCAGGCACACCAUGACACCCCUGGCAAGUCCACCAAGUUAUGACCCCUCUGAAGAACCAAAGGGCACUCCUCCUCCUCCUUCCGCCUGAGACAGGUGGACCUACCUGCGGGUGGACAGGGCCGCACACCACCUACGAUGAAACGCGUCCCGAGCAAGGCAUUCCAUGACCUCCCGAGACCUCCCUUAUCCGUGCGAGAGCGCGGGCGUCCGAGUAUGCGUGACCAAACCCCCCCCCCCCACUCGCAAAAAUGAAGUAUUUCGCCCACCCUUCCAGCUCGUAACACUAUUGAAGUCCUCUGUGAGAAUGAAGAGGAGAUGAGGGAAAACCAAGAGGAUGCACGGCGGGCUCACUCCAGAACAAACACCUCCCCCGGGGAGGACCAAGACACACUGCGGUGCCGAGAGAUCGAAAGAAACACCAACCUCAGUAACGAGUCUCUGUAUCUCGGUCUGCAGGGACCCGACAGGCUCCACGAAGAUGUGCUUAUCCUCUCCUUCUCUGCCUUCUUUGUCGUCAUCCCCAGUCCAACCUACAUGGCCCAUUCCUUGUUUUUAGAUGAAGUGGCUUGGAAAUGUCAUACAUAUUUUAUUUGAACCCAUCAUUUUGGGGGCUUUGUACAGUUUUACUUGUGUAUGCACACUGACUUUACCUGGCCCUGCUGGAGGGUUUUGCCAGAGGGUCAAUGAUGCGAUUUAUUUGUCCUGCCUUGGCUGUGCUCCAAUGUACUGUAGAAUGGCUGGAAAUGUUACAGUAAAACUGGAAUGGACCUAUGUCACUUCAUGGUUUGGCCAACCACUUGUAGCAACCCCCAGCACUUUGUCCAUAUCAUUACAGAACAUACAAGAAGAAAUACUCCUUAUGGACUAAAGUGCUCCAGUUGCAAUGAAAAACUCCAGGCUCCAUGUUAUAAAUGUUGAAUAUAUAUAUAUAUAUAUAUAGAGAGAGAGAUUUCUGGUUUGCCCCCCAUAUAUUAAUGUCAGUUCUUUUCAUGGUGAUUGUCAUUUCUUUUUUGUGUUAUUUUGAGACAAAGGAAAAUCUCAACGAAGACUGUUCCAUUGGAAGAUGUACUCAGUGAAUAUAACAAUGUCAUUACUUUAAACCUCAUUGAAAUGUGGAAGAGAACCAGAAAAGACUUUUGGUACUAUGUACCUAUAAUAUUGUCUUCUGACGUAAAUGUGUACUUAAUCUAUAAUAUAUUUAAAUUGUGUUUGAUUUAAAUACAUACAUUACUGAAAUGUUCUCGUUUGUCUGUCAUUAUUCUUUAAUUCGUUUAUCUAGCAGUCAGUGGUAGCUUUUGCUCGUUUGAGAUGCCAAUCAUGAAACUACAUUUACGUUUUUGUUAUUUUUAUUAAAUGUAUAGGCCUACCUUAGGGUUAAAGCAAGUUUCCUCCAUCUUUCAGCCAGCAGGUGGCGAUAUACACUCUGCUUAUGGCUAUAACAAAUGAGAAAUUAGGC